AUGAAUAUAAGAAAUUUUCCAUAUAAUCACCAACUUCACAGUGUUCAAAAUAACACAUUAUCUCCCCCUCCACAACAAACACAUCAACAGAUUCAAAUUCAUCAUCAUCCUCAACAACAACAACAUCAACAACAACCUUCAAAUAGUAACACUAACACUAAUGUGAUAUUUAAUUUUUCAAGUCCUUCUAGGGGAGUAUCGAACUCACAACAUCUACCACAACAACAACAACAACAACAACUUCCACAUCAUCAACACCAACAUCAAAACUAUAAGGAACAACCAACUAUUUCAACACAACUACCAACAAUUCUUGUAAAGUCAGAACCAACACACACAUUCCAACAACCACAAUCACCUCAUCAUAUUAAUCAACAACAACAACAACAACAACAAACUCAACAUUAUUUAAUUCCUUCGUCUACAAACUCACUCCAUGAUCAAUUUAUGAACAACAAAUAUCAAGAAGUCUAUCAACAAAUCCAUCACCAAAACCACCAUCACCAAAACCAACAACAACAACAACAAAUAAAUACCCCACAACAACCACAACAACAACCAUCAAACGACCCAUAUUAUUCAAGACUAACAAAUUCUGAAAGUUUGUCAAGUGAAGAAUUACACCGACACCACAAUAAUCAACAGCAACAACAACAACAACAGCAAAUAUCAACACAACAACAACAACAACAACAUUCACACCUUCAAGAUCACCCUUCUUCCUCUUUACAACAACCAAAUCAGCCUCAACAUCAACCAAAUAUGGCUGGAGUAUAUUUUAAUCCAAGAACCCCAGGAUUCCAAAUGGGAAUGAAUUCAUUUCCACCACUCGAUGGAACCACUCAAUUGAACCCUCGAUUGACAAGUUCACCGCAAUGGUCACCCAACAGAUUCGGUCAAUAUGGUAUUCCAACACACUCUGCACCCAUGUAUUAUUUGCCACCAACACAACCAACUGGUCCAGAGUUAGGUCUAUUCGCCCACCCCAGUUCCGAUGGAAACACACCACACGAACUUCUACCUGGUGACCGUCUGGCACACCUUCCAGUCUAUGGAUCUAUCUCGCCAUCUUCACUGGUGGGAAUUCCAUCGUCAUUCCAACAUAGCUUCGAGGGUCAAAUCAAAAUCGAUCUCUAUCACAAACCGCGUGGUUCCAAAGGCACAUGGAUGGUCAUCAACAGUGGAGAUCAAAUUCGUGUCACCGAAGGCAAAGGAAAACGUCUAAAAAUGAUUGUACAUAGCGAGCAAGAGCUCACCAAAGUCGGACUUCAAGUUGCACUUCUCGAUCUCCAAAAUGCCAACGGCAGUCGAAGAGGAUCGUCAUCCAGUUCCUCCGCCACCUCCUCACCAUCCAUCGGUUCCACCACACCUGGUUCACCCACGUCCACCACCACAACAACCACCCACAACAACAAUAACAAUAACAAUAACAACAACUCAAAUCAAAUCCAACCUUCACCGUCAUCCAACAUGGGACAAUCAACUACUUCUUCAGCAUCAUCACCAUCACCAACCACCACCUCAAGCAACUCUUUCCACAAUCUCAACGGUCUCAACAGUUCGACUACUGCAUCACCAUCGCCAUCGUCCUUCUCAUUGUCAUCUCCAACUCAAUCACCGACUCAAUCACCAUCACAGAGUAAUAUUUCACCAUUGAUUAUCAACAAUCCAUCGUCCACAGUAUCACCGUUCUCUGUAUCAAUCUCGGUAACUCCACCCUCACAGAAUCCAGCACCUGUCUUGCCAAUCAACCACAGUAGCCAACUUCCUCAGCCCGAUCCACAAGGUCUCUCGGUGGAAUCGGUGCGUGUCUACCGAUAUCCAUCGAUGGCACAAAUCCCACUGUCCGCAAUCGAGUUGGAAUUAAAGUUGGCCAAACUCUCCAAGCGUCUCUGCAUAGUGAUGGCAGCACAGUCCAAAGAUGGAAACAACUACGAAGGAAGAUCAGUUGACUUUUUCGCUCAUAACAAUGGUAAACACAAUGCCAAUGCAUUGAACAGACAAAACAGUACAAGAAGAGGUCCCUAUUCUUCACCGACGAUCUCUGGUGAGGUUGGAUCGCUCAGUCCAACUCAACAACACUCACUGAACAACUCCACCGGGUCGUCGCCAAUCAGCUCAUCCGAACGUGCCAAGAAAACCAAGACACCCCCAAGAUCCAAUAGCACAAACUCACUCAACACUAUAGCUGGACACUCUAACAACAACAGCAGCAGUAGAGGACAACUACGAACUGCAUCACCACCAGCCCACCACAACAACAACAACAACAAUAACAACCACACCAGCGGCAUCCAUCAAGAAAAUCAUCCACCAUUGCCAGAGAUCCCAAUACCUCCAACAGCAAUAGACUUUAGUCACAACCCACAAUGGCAAACUUUUCAAACACACCUCUCUGGCCAAAUUGACCAAUCGUGGCACGAUAACUUGCCACUCUACCAACUACAGCCACCUCCUCCCCCACAUCCAUCUUUUGCGAAUGACAAACAUUCAUAG